ACCAACUUCGUAACAUAUAAAAUAAAAUUCACCCAGUUGACUGGUCCCUCUGACAGCGGAACUGCUACUGGGGCAGUUACCGGGUCGACUGACGGGAUGACACCCCCAUUGCGUGUGGCUCCCUCCCUCUCUUGGGGCGCAGUACUACGAUGCCGCUGGAGUCACUCAAACCUCCAGAACUGAGCCUCUACUUCAGUCAAUCCUCUUUGGAGAAGCCCGUGAAAAGAUCACCUGUAGUGAAUCCCUGUUGUGUUCAUUUUCCGAUUAAUUUCCCCCCACAAACGAAAGGUGAACCGUCAAAAAACCCAUAGAAAGCCUUGAAGACACCAAAAAAUCCAGGAAGACGAAAAGGAACUGCUUGAGUUAAUCAUUUACCCAUUGUCUCCAGCAUGACAGCUCCCCUGGACAAGGAGCUGUCACCAGAGUGAAAAUUGGCAGCUGGUGAUAACUGACAAGUGGCUUUCCCUUAAAAAAAAAACAAAUGGCGAUUGUCCAUUCCCUGAGUAUGGGAGACAUCGUGCACCUGAAUGUGGGGGGCACAAGGUUUUCCACCUCCAGGCAGACCCUCACCUGGAUUCCAGAUUCAUUUUUCACUGCUUUGUUGAGCAACAGAAUAGCCAGUAGAAGGGAUGAAACAGGUGCCCUCUUCGUGGACAGAGACCCCAAGAUGUUCUCGGUUAUCCUGAACUACCUGAGGACGAGGGACAUCGACCUGAGGAAUGCGGAUAUCAGAGCCCUGAGGCACGAGGCUGAAUACUAUGGAAUAACUCCACUCAUCAAGAGGCUCAUCCUCUGCGAGGAUUUGACGCAAUCGUCUUGUGGGGAUGUUCUUUUUUAUGGAUAUCUUCCUCCACCCAGUAUUCCUCUUCAGGAACCUGCAGGGGUCCCUCCUGUCGCUGAUGUCUCCGUCCAUGGCAGGGCCUCAGGACGACCCGAGGGAAACACUGGAACUGCAGGGACUAGUGGACAAAGCCAGAAGCCCCCUCACUCCAGGAACUCGUCGCUGGACUACCGAGUGCCUCAGAGAAGUCUACAGCACUCUAGGAAUCCCUCCUUAGAUCUCAGACACGUUCGCAACAGCUCUGCAGAUAUGAAUAAAUUAUUUAAAAAUGAGGUGGGAAUUGUCUUUGGAGCUCAGGCCUCGGGAUGGGUUGAUCCCCUCAGGGUCCAGAUCAUCAAGGCUCAUCAUAACUGGAUCGUCAUUGCUUAUGCUCAUUUCAUCACAUGUUACAGACUGAAAGACUCUUCAGGGUGGCAGCACGCCUUCACCAGUCCCCACAUCGAGGCAAUUAUUGAGAGGGUGGCAAUUAAUGCAAAAAUGGGAACUGGAGCUGAAGGAAAAAUGGUGGCUAUUUCGUAUGGAUCACAAGUGAGGCUGUGGAGUGUCUGGGAGGAGGGCAUCAAGACGAACAUCGGGACAUUCAACUUGAAUGUGAGGGUGGAGUAUCUCUUCUUCAUUGGGAGUCAACUGGUGGCUUUGUCUCAGACUGGGAAAAUUGGAGUUUGGCACGCCAUGUCUCAACACUGGCAGAUCCAGGACGUCGUCUCCAUCUCCUCUUUUGACACUGCUGGAUCCUUCCUACUCCUGGGGUGCAAUAAUGGAUCGAUUUAUUAUAUCGACAUGCAAAAAUUCCCUCUGAGGAUGAAGGACAACGACCUCUUGGUGACUGAGCUCUACCGAGACCCAAAUCUCGACCCAAUAACAGCAAUAUCUGUCUACCUCACCCCGAAAACAACACAAGGUCUCUGUGGGAAUUGGAUUGAAAUUGCCUAUGGUACCAAGUCGGGGAGUGUCAGGGUCAUUGUCCAGCAUCCGGAGACAGUGGGACAUGGACCACAAUUAUUUCAGACCUUCACAGUUCAUCAGAGUAGUGUAACGAAGGUGACUCUCUCGGAGAAGUACCUCGUCUCCGUCUGCUCGGAGUACAACCACGUGCGAUCCUGGGCGGUAACGAGAUUCCGAGGAAUGAUCUCCACGCAGCCAGGCUCGACUCCAGAGGCAUCAUUUAAAAUUGUUUCCCUGGACUCGAUGGAUACCUCUAUCAGCUACACAGCUGGCAACGACUUCGGGCCCUUCGGCGAGCAGGACGACGAGCAGGUGUUUGUCCAGAAGGUCGUACCCGAGACCGAUCAGCUAUUCGUUCGACUCGCCUCCAAUGGAAAGAGAGUCUGCGUGAUUCAGUCUGUGGAUGGAUCUGUAAUCACGUCAUUCUGCGUCCACGAGUGCGAGGGCUCCAGUAGAAUGGGCUCUAGACCGAGGAGAUUUAUAUUUACGGGCCAUUCCAGUGGGGCCAUCCAGAUGUGGGACCUCACCACUGCUCUGGAUCCCUGCUACGAUGCACACAGAACCAGAAAUUUUCCUGGGGGACCGACUCCUGAGGAACUCUGGAAAUUACUCGAUCAGUGUGAUCUCAGCAACAGCCACUGCUCCACUCCCUGCAUCAGCCCCUGUCCUUCUGGGGGCUCGUCAGGGCCCAGGCUCAAGGCCAGCAAUGUCCAGUUCUUGAAUCAGUCGCAGCUCAACUCAGAAGCCGCUGGUCCCAGUCAAUCCUGAGAGAACCCCUGCUAAAUCCAUUUACAGGUUUUAUCAGAAUGAAUAAGGGUUCUGUUGUCAAUAACUCCAAAUGGGUUGAGUGGAUUUUUAUUAUUUUUUUUUUUCAAUUUGAGGGAUAUUUUUUAUCUUCAAAAUGAGAUAUGAUUCGUUUGAAUUUGAUCGUUUGGAUAAUAAUUAUCAUGAAUUUAAAGUGGAGCAGCGGAAAUGGAAAAUGAAUUGAGUUGAAUUUUAGUUUUGUUAAAUGUCGAUUAUCUUAAAAACUAGUGGAUUUAGGAGAAAAAAUAAUGAACCUUUUUAGCAGAAAAUUGAAUCGUCUGCAAAAAAUAUUUUAUCAAAUUUCGAGCUCCGACCAAUAGUUUUCGAGAUAAAUCGAUA